GGUCGACACUGCUGAAGGAGACAACAUGUCAGCUGGUAAAGUUAUCAUUUAUGGUGGGCGUGGUGCCUUGGGGACUGCGUUAGUCAAACACUUUAAGAACAAUAAAUUUUGGUCUGCACAGGCAGAAGUAAUUCUUUCUGGGUUGAAAGCUGCAUUAGGGAACGAUAAAGUAGAUGCCAUCAUCAACGUUGCUGGUGGAUGGGCUGGUGGCAAUGCUGGCAGCAAAGAUUUUCUAAAGAGCUGUGAGUCCAUGUGGUCCCAGAGUGUAUGGUCAUCUACCAUCACAGCUCAGGCUGCCUCUUGCUUUCUUAAAGAAGGGGGACUGGUAUCCCUUCCUGGUGCACAAGCUGCAAUUAAUGGAACUCCAGGCAUGAUUGGAUAUGGUCUGGCAAAGGCAGCUGUGCAUCAAUUAACUAAAAGUCUUGGUCAGGAAAAGUCAGGAUUGCCACAAGGGGCCACAGCAGUUGCCAUACUUCCAGUCACAUUAGAUACACCCAUGAAUAGGAAGUGGAUGUCAGGUGCCGACUUCUCAACUUGGACCUCCCUAGAAUUUAUUGCCGAGCUUUUCCACAAGUGGACAACUGGGAGCGAUCGACCUGCAUCUGGCAGUCUUGUGCAACUCAUUACAAAGGAUAACAAGACAGAGUUGGUUCUGGCUGAGUAAAUCUUGAUAUUACCUUUAUAAGGAGAUUAAUGUUUGUAUGUUUGAUUGGUUUAUACCUAAAUUUAUUUUUUCUUGUUGAGACAUGCUGCUCUUUUAUUUACUAAAUGUUUGUCACAAAUCUUGAAUAUAUUUUUUUAUUUUUUUGGUAACAUUUAUAUUAAGGUUGUGAAAUACUUUGUUCAUUGAUAAAUGUUUAUUACACUUUUUGUAUUUUUUAAAUUUCUUAGAGGCUUUAUUUCUCUAUUUCUUUAAUUCUUGGAUUUUAUAUUUCAUUCUGUAGAGUAAUGUCAAUUUUUGUUUUAUUAUGAAACUCACAAGUAUACUGGUGUACAGGUAUUUUUAAAUGUACUAUGUUUUAUAAAGUAUUGGUAACUUUGGUAUGUGCUAUUCAUAGAUAAGGAAAAAUUUAAUGUAAUGUUUCCAUGACAAGCCUGUAAGUGCCUAGCUUCAGAGUAACAGAUUAACAUAUAUAUUUUUUCCAAAUAUUUUACAGUGCAUCACAAGAUUAAGCUACAGUGUGUGCUUCCUAAGACUUUUAUAUAAUAUAUAUCUAUAUAUUAUAUACAUAUAUAUAUAUAUAAUGUGUGUGCAUAACAAAAUAUGACGAGACUGCAGCAAUUGAUACUCAUUUUCUCUAAUACGUGCUGUUAUGAAAUUGGUAAAUGAAGGACAAUGAUUCAAAUUCAGCUGGUACAUGGCAUUAUCACCUUUAACCCUUAAACUGUCCAAACGUAGAUCUAUGUUUUUCAACAUUUGAAAGUAUGUAAAAAAACGUAGAUCUACUUUUGGAGCACUACGCAUGUGAAUGUAGAUCUGUUUGGACAGUUUAAGGGUUAAUUGUGCUGGGCUUUAGAUUUCAUCUGAAAUAUUAAAUUCAUAGUUAACAUGUGCUUCAUUGAUUUUAAGUAACCCUGGAAAGGAAUGUCCUUGCAUAAAGUGCUUCCCUAUGAUACAGUACAUAUGAAUAAUUUAAAAAUGAAUAACAUAAGAUGCGAUGCAUAAUUUAUAUUUAGUAUAGCUUUCACCAUGAAAGGUAGGGUGAUUUGAGCUUCCAUUGUACUUUUUAUCAGGUUUAAAGUUAAUGUAAGAAAUGUGUAUUAGUUUAAAUGUAAAAUUUUUGGUGUUACAAGAGUGCUUCCCUGUAUACACCACAGUUUUACACGUAUAUGCUUAUGUGCCAUUAUCCUAAUGUAAACUCCUUGGCAUAUUAAAAAUAAAAUUUUUGUUGUGAAAAAAUUAAAUCUAAAAUACUUAAGUA